AUGCCUACCGUGUCACCUUCUCCUGGAACGACGUAUGCGGGAUAUAGAAAGGCGGAGAAGAAAGUAACUGUCACUUUUCUCAGCAUGACUCCUAGGCUUGAUGCCAAUGUUAACGCUGCUGAAACCUCAUCGGAAGACGAGGCUUCCCUGCAUUCCCACAGUGGGAAUCCGCAGGCACGCGUAGGUGACACUACAGCCAAUGAAUCUAGUUUUGCCGCGUCGACAAAAACAUCCGGUGACAUUCUACCAAGGGAUAGACUGCUCAAAACUCCUACCUACGAUUAUGCGUAUGAAAAAUCAAUGAGCCAUGCGGAAGCAAAACUUUUCUAUCAGCAUCAUCAAUUCGCCUCACGGAGUGCCGACAGUGAGCCUACCCUGAACCCAGUACCUGCAAAUCACAAUGCAGCCGUCACACAGACAGAGGGUACGCCAAGCUAUACACCCACCGUGAUGGAACACAAUAGCUCCGAAGACUACACAGUCAGCACCGUGUGCCAAAAUGAUACAUUUUCAAAGUUUCAGCCCGCUGCAAACCCCACUUCGCUGCUUGGUCGUGACUCGCACUUCAUUCAAGAGUACCAGUCCAAUGGUUCCGCUGUAAACGAUACUCAUGGUACUCUCGGGUUGCAUGCAAUGCCAUCCAGAGUCCAGGACCAAUUGGGUCAAACUGCAUUUGGGGCAGGUAAUGACCAUUCUGCUGGUGAUGUGUUGGGUACCGCCCAAGGCAUAUUGAAUACUACUCCGGGCGACGAUGCUGUUACAUCAGAAUUGAACGUAAUUUGUCGCAAAAUACUAAGAUUACUCGAUCGGCGAUCCGAAUACAUCCAGCUAUCAUUGCAAGGUGCUGGAGAUAACCCUAAGGAUCAUUCCGACUGGAAAGUAUACCCUGCGCCGCCAGAACCAGCAUGGGAAGGUGACAAUGAAACUGGAAAAUUUAACGACACCUCCCGACCCGACCAGAAGAAAAGGAAGAUGGGUCAAGAUAUCGGAGAAGAUUUUGACAUGGCCGAGUGCCUACCUCUUCCCGAGGCAUCAGACUGGGUUUUCAAGCUCGAUGGGAAUAGUGUGUAUCAAGUGUACGAAACUUAUGACACCGCCUGUCCUAAUGAACCUGUUGUUCAAAUUCCUUCCCUGAGAGAUUUCUACAUGGAUCUCGACGCGGUCAUAGAUGUAUCAACGGACGGGCCCGCAAAGAGCUUCGCGUUUAAACGCCUUUCUUACCUGGAGGGAAAGUUUCAGCUUUAUACUCUGCUAAAUGAAUAUCAAGAAAUAGCCGACAGCAAGAAAGUACCUCACAGAGAUUUUUACAAUGUUCGAAAAGUCGACACACAUGUGCAUCACUCUGCAUGUAUGAAUCAGAAGCACCUCCUUCGUUUCAUCAAAAGCAAGAUGAAAAAGUCACCUGAUGAAGUCGUGUUAUUCAGGGAUGGCAAACAUUUGACGUUGAAGGAGGUUUUUGAGAGUAUCAAUCUUACAGCUUACGAUUUAAGUAUCGAUACGCUCGACAUGCACGCGCACACAGAUUCUUUCCACAGGUUUGACAAGUUUAACCUCAAAUAUAAUCCUGUCGGCGAAUCUCGACUGCGAGAAAUAUUCCUGAAGACAGACAAUUAUAUCAAAGGGCGUUAUCUAGCAGAGAUAACAAAGGAGGUCAUCUCGGACUUGGAAUCCAGCAAAUACCAAAUGGUAGAAUGGCGUAUCUCAAUUUACGGCAGGUCUAUCCAGGAAUGGGAUAAACUUGCAGCCUGGGUAGUUGACAAUAAGUUAUUCUCCCCUAAUGUUCGCUGGCUUGUCCAAAUACCCCGACUUUAUGACGUGUACAAGUCGAGCGGCAUGAUGGAAAACUUUGAGCAGGUCAUCACCAACGUCUUCCAGCCGCUAUUUGAAGUGACAAAGGAUCCUAAUAGCCAUCCAAAACUUCAUUUAUUCUUGCAGCGUGUAGUCGGUUUUGACAGUGUCGACGACGAGAGCAAAGCAGAGCGACGACUGUAUAGGAAAUAUCCUAUUCCAAGAGAAUGGAAUACGAAACAAAAUCCACCAUACAGCUAUUGGAUAUACUUCAUGUUUGCAAACAUCGCAUCCCUGAAUAUCUGGCGCAAACGGCGAGGAUUCAACACGUUUGUCCUAAGGCCGCACUGUGGCGAAGCUGGUGACCCUGAUCAUCUUGCGGUUGGGUUCCUCUGCUGCCACAGCAUCAGCCAUGGGAUCCUGCUUCGGAAAGUCCCUUUACUGCAGUAUUUAUUCUACCUUGAUCAAAUUGGGAUUGCCAUGUCGCCUCUCAGCAACAAUGCUCUGUUUCUGACGUAUGACAAAAAUCCAUUUGCCAAUUUUUUCAGGCGAGGCUUGAAUGUGUCGUUAUCUACUGACGAUCCAUUACAAUUUGCGUUCACCAAGGAGCCCUUGAUUGAAGAAUACUCGGUUGCGGCACAAAUCUAUAAGUUUAGCGCGGUUGAUAUGUGUGAGCUGGCGAAACACUCAGUCUUACAAAGUGGUUUCGAGCUCGCCUUAAAGCAAAGAUGGCUUGGCACAAACUGUUCAGCGGCAGGAGUCUCGGGAAACAAUGUUGCAAAAAGCAAUGUUCCAGACAUUCGAGAGAGAUUUAGGCAUGAAACCUUGUUAGGAGAGCUGGCACUGAUUGGAAGAUAUGUUGACAGUCUGAGUACAUAUUCAAAAGCACUACCCCUCAGAGGCCAGUUGCAUCCUAGCGUGACCACGGAAAAUGAGAACAAUCCAAGCCAUCGUAAGCCCCAUUACGCACCGUCAACUAGUGGUCUAUUUCACUCACCAGCAAUGAUAGCUUUGCGGAAGGAGGCUCAGGCUACAGCAUUUCUGCAGACUUCUAAUACGGUGAAUCCUCCCAAAUAUUUACAAAAUCAGUCUGAGACCAACGCCGCUGGAGAGGCUUGCUUCCCAAGUUCCACUCCCCCGGGUCCCAAAUCUAGCGAGGAUACUGGACCCGAAACGUUACCAGAACAAAAGAUAUUCCCUGGUAUUGUGCACGAAAGGGCUCAGCGGGGUAGUAUGUUGACUCGGGCAUUGGCUGAAGAUGACAAGGAUACGAAAGACGGGGGUAAAGAUGUCAAAAAUUGCCCAAGUCCAUCAUGA